AAAUUACAGAAAAUUAUCAGUUGGAAUACAUGUAGCAUGUAUUUUGGUAUAUUCAUCAUGCUACUUUGUUUGCUGAUCUUAUUUUCCCAGAUCAUGCUGUCAGAUUUCAAAGACCAUCUCGAUGUUACAAUGAGUGAGUUCUAGAUAAUGUUGCCGAAAUCACGGCAAUUUAAAUUUAAGUAAAAAGACGAAACAAUGAGAUGCCAUAGAAUCUUUGUUCAUAAAAAGUUACAGAAGUAAAAGAGUACGGGAUUUCAUUUAUAGUUACUUUUAAACUAAAAUAAACAGUCUGGAAAAGGAUUCAAACUCGACCGAAAAUCAACAUCCCAUUUUCCUCAAGCUCACUGGCGCGCCUAUUUGACUACCAAAACAUCUGACUUCGCUGGAUUUUAUUAUGGUCUUGGUUGUUACUGAUGCCUAGGAAGAAAUCAUUAAAGCUCAAUAACACUGGGUGUAUAUUUUGUUCUGAAGUUGAUGAUUAUCCACUAUUAGGACCUAUUAUUGAGAAAAAUGGUUUCAAAGUGCAUACAAAUUGUAUAUUUGCUGCCAGCGGUUUAUCUCAGACGAACAAUGAGAAUGAAUCCCCGGAUGAUUUCAUAGUUGGAUUCGCUGUUUCUUCAAUUCUCAAUGAACUUAGACGCGGUCGUAGCUUAAAGUGUUCGGUAUGUCGUCUCCCCGGAGCAUGUGUUGGAUGUGUUGUUAACACUUGUCACACCACCUUCCAUCUUCCAUGUUUAAUUAAAGCUCAAGGGAUAACGAUAUUUGAAGGCAACUUUCCUUCCUACUGCCGCCGCCAUGCCAACAGACAGAAUUUAGAUGGCUGGUUGACGCAAUGCAAGGAACCUCCCUCUUGUUGUAUCUGUCUGUUCUCAAUUGUACCAGACAAAGAUUUCGAAAGUAGUUGUCUGCCCAUAAAAAGACAAAAGUCUGUACCCAUUCAUUCUUCGGCAACAAAAGAAAAUGUUCCAGUCCUCAACGAAACCAGGCGUACAAGACGGUCUUGUGUGGCUCCUUCAACUCCUAAACGAAUUACUGUUUCAAACGGGAUGUCUUCUGUUAAGAGAAGAUAUUCUCAAUCAGAUACAUCUACUUGGGAGUUACCCGGUUCUUCCUCUUCGGAGCCCGAAGAACAAAAUCCUGUUCAACAACAUAAAACACCCAAAGAAUCUGUUACACUACCUUCAUCAAUGUCACAUAUUCCUGGGUGGUUGACUGACUACUUUCUUAGUCUUGCUCCUGAAAAGAGGCUUCCUGUCUUUGAGGCAUGGAAACACCACACUAUCCAUGGGCUCUGUUGUCCUUUAUCGUGGAUGCAUAGAAAUUGUAUUGCAGGUUUUGCUGUUUCUGCUGCAUUACAUUACCUAAAAUGCCCUUACUGUGCAAAUAGAGAAAUAUUCAUCAGGUCCAUCAUCGAUACUGGUAUAUGGGUCCCAGAUCAGGAUGCAGCCUGGGAAUUGGAACCAGGGGCUUAUGCAGAUCUUGUUCCCAUUAGCGAAUGUUCCUCUAAUGAUGAACCACAAAGUAACGAUACAUCCACUACAUCAUCUCAGUGUGAUUGCAAUCGGUGGAGCCAAAAAAAUGUCAGCCAUGCGGCGCACGUUACACAGACUGCGGGUGUACAAGUUGAGUAUGCAUCAUCCAGUGGAUCACCGUCUACAGAUCAGGAGCGUGUUCCAGUACUUUCACUUAUAUGGAACAACCAAAACUUCAAAAAACGUCGUGGAAGAAAGCCUUCAUCUAGACGUCGGACGCAAAUAUCUCAAGCCGUUCCAAAUACACCUGGACCAACUCGUGUUUCUCGUAGGCACACGUCCAUUACAACACGAAGUAUUCAGGAUGAUCACUCUCCUAAUAGUGCUUUAAAUGAGAGCAGACUACGUCAAGUAACCUUAGGAUCUUUUCUUUCUGUUAGGACUCAGACUUCCCGGUAACUCCUUUUGCACUUCAGAUUUUCUUAGUUUGUCUCUAUUUCCUAAAUCUCUGACAUUAAAAAGUUAAAGAUUGAAUCUGUACAUACAAAAAAUUCUAUUUGUUUUAAUAGAUUCUUUUUUAUGAAAACAGUAGGGUAGUUGCGUUAUGCAUCAUCUUAUCGUUGUUAGUGCUUAUGAAUCUUUUAGGACUUAAUGAAAUACCAUCAGUUUGGCAAACACGAUUGUUUUGUAAGAUUACAUGGUAAUUUUGUAUUGAUUACUUUUAUUAUGCUUUCCCUAAAGGUCUCAAUGUCCGU